AGUUAACAUAUUUCGAAGGAUAGAAACGUAAAGCUACUACUGGAUUUCCUCUUUGUACACUUAUUUGGCGAAAGAAGAAGCGAAUGUCCCAAUUAUUCAAAACUUUUAAGUGAAUUGUAAUUAGAAAUAUGUGUACAUAGAAGAGAAACAACUUUAAGUGCAGUGCAUUAAGUAGAUUUGGUGUUAAGACGUUAUUUUAAUAAAUAAGUUAUUAAUUAACCACUUGUCAAGUCAAUCAUAUGUUUGUAAUUAGCGGUGACAGUGUUUGUUUACUGAUGACAAUUUUUGUGGAGUUAUCUUUAUUUUCUGGAUUCUCAUGAUGAAUAUGUCCGAAACAGCUGGGGAAACUUCAUGUAAGCGACAAGAAAAUGGCGACGCCUCUACGGGAUCGGAGCGCCCACUUAAGAAAGCACGAUUUGCGUGGCAAGUUAAGGGCAACAGAAAAUAUCACUUGAAAAACGAUGCAAAUGAUGGGAAACUUGCUUCAACAUCAACUUCAGAAUCGGAAACAGCCGGUUCAUCACAAAACGAAAGCGAGAAACACGAACUGGUGGGCAGUACUGAACAAAAUCUGGAGAUUUUAGGAGACUACUUACUAAAACAGGAUUUCAACACUUUAGACUCUGUGAUCACAGAUUCUGAUAAGUCAUUGCUGAAACCUUGUACAAGUUUGUCAACAGAAAAGCUGGAGUGUCCAAGAUAUGUUAGCUCAAGGACUACCAUUAGUAGAGAUCUGUCAAUCCCUCCUUCUUUGAUGGCUACACAGAGUUAUAAUGAAGAUCAGUGCAUAGCUCGAUGGCAAGCCAGACAGAUGGCCAAAGGAUUUGUUGACAACACAAUAAACCGUGUGCUGGAUUCUUGGAUGGUAGCACCACUCCCUGCAGAUAUUGACAACCAGUUCUUGGCUUUGGAUGUGGCAGAAUUCAUCAACAAUUUACCAGGAGACAACAGUAUUGAGAACGAAGGAAUACUCAUGGCAAUAUCUGCCCACGGGCUACAAAACACAUCGGGUUCCAGUAGCAACGACGAAGGCCCUAAGGAAGAUGUCUUAAGUACAGACACGGUGUUCCCAUCACGGACCAGUAGUCCGCUACAGUCAGAAGAAGAAAAUGACAAUAAUAAUAAAACCGACAAUAAUGAGUCUCAGAUGGCUUGGUCAUACAAUAAUGAUAAAGAAGCAAAUGACUCUGUGACUGAGUUCAAUUUGCAACCUGAAGAGUCAAAUUCAGAAAUAAUAAAUUAUUUUGAUAAUUAUGGCCACCGGCAACCCAGUACCUAUGAAGUGAAUAACAUUGGCAAUGACUUUUUGAUUGACAGUCAUUUUGAUUUUAUGGAUGCAGCUGUUUCAUUUGCUAUACAGAACAAAGGACUCACUUCUUUUGGGACUGACUAUGGUUAAUUUUGAGAGAAAACACAUUGAAUUGAUCUUUUCUUGAAAAAAGACUUCUAGCACACACUUUGUACUAAUGAGCAGUACUCAAAUACUAAAAAUAAUAAUUGAGAGUGUUGUCAUAUCUCUAAUUUUAAUAACGCCUAAUUUGAUAAUUGCUCAUUAUGGCAAAUUAUAAAGCAUUGUAAAUAAAUAUUUUAACUUGAUGAUACUUUAUGAAGUAUUUUGUGAUAUUUAAAUUUCAUUAUAUAAAGUACAAAAGUUUCAGAUGUAGUGAAACAUAUCACAUGACUGAGCUUUGGGCACAGACAACAAAAUAUUGAUUUGUUUUCAAAUUACAGUCAUUAUAAUCAAUAAAACGGGAUAAUGCUAGGGGGCUGAGUCAUUAUAAUCAAUCUAAGUACAUUAAUUACUUAUUUUUUUGUUAUUAGUCCAAAUUCAUAUUAAACUAAUUUUUAUAAUUGAUACAAUACAGAAUUUAACAUUACUUUUUGUAUGAUUUCUAAAGUUUAUGAAUAGAUGUAAAUUUGCUGUUGUAUGCAAUUCAAAAUGUACAUUAAUAUAAGAUAAACAAGUCUGCAUAUAAAACUUGUGUAACAUAGAAAUAAGGUAAAAUGUAUGCCAUACUGACAUUACAGUCAAUAAAA